AUGGACCUGCUAGCUGCAGUCGUUUUCUCGCUGGCUCUAUGGAUCCGAUUCGAAGAGGAUUUCAAGCAUUGGGUGUUCGAGCUGAAGAUGCAACAUUUCUGGACCGGAGCCUACGUCCUCCUCGCAGCGGCCUGUCUCGUCAUGAUCAUUUCCUUCUUCGGGUGCUGUGGAGCCAUCAUGGAGAACCCCUGCAUGUUGACUACGGUAUGCGACUCGGGAACUCGUAAAGAGACUCACGGAGGAGUCUACCGAUGUGAGAAUGCUCGGUACUCCGUUUUGCUGGGGAUCUGCUUCGUGAUCGGUCUCGCCGGAUCAGCCUACAUCCUGGAUCACGGAAUCGAGAACUCCAAGAUUAAACCGUGGCUUCGGGGUCGAUUCUUGGAAUUGAUCGCGAGAUACGAUACGGAACCUCGAGCAAGAAGAAUCGUGGACAUGAUUCAGGAAUACGUAAGGCGUUAG